AUGCUGGAGAACAUUUCGUAUCCAUUGCAGCUUUCUCUGAAUGCGGAGCUUCAUGUCCAUUCCCUACGAGAGCGGUGCCGCACUGCAGCUCCCCUGAGAGCAGCGGCCGAGUCAGGAGAUGUGGCACGUGUGGCUCACUACCUCCUACAGGUUGGUACCGCGUCAGAUGGUGCAAAAGUUGCUUUGCGUGUCGCUGUGGCAGCAGGUGCA